UCAGCCCCCGGCUUCACCUGUUCGCGUGCACAUUUCUUCCCCAUUUUCUCACCAGGGAUUGCCUUGCGUCGCCCCGUGACAAUGACCAAAAGCCUCCUGCCUUCAACAAUGCUGUCGUACGCGGGCUGCAGCCUGCUGAUCCUCUCCGCGUCCCUCGCCGGCGCCUCCCUGGCCGAGAUGGUGUUCCGCUGCCCGGGCUGCACCGCGGAGCGCCAGGCGCUGUGCCCGAACCUCAUGGAGACCUGCGCGGAGAUCGUGCGCGAGCCGGGCUGCGGGUGCUGCCCCGCGUGCGCCCGCGAGGAGGGCGAGAUGUGCGGCGUGUACACCCCGAGGUGCUCCACCGGUCUGCGAUGCUACCCGACGCCCGACUCGGAGCUCCCGCUGGAGCAACUGGUGCAGGGCCAGGGCCAGUGCCGGCGCAAAGUGGACCCCGAGGCGACCACUUACAGCCAGGAGCACCGGGAGCAGACCAGCGGCGAGGCCGUGGAGCCGCCGGCCGAGCAGGGCGUGAGCGAGGUCCCGGCCGUCAGAAAGCCCAGUAAAGAGGCCGCCUGGCUCGGGCCCAAGGAGAGCGCCGUGCGCCAGCACCGGCAGGAGAUGAAGACCAAGAUGAAGACCAACAAGGUGGAGGAGGUGAAACCUACUCGGCCCAAACAGACCCAAUGUCAGCAGGAGCUCGACCAGGUGCUGGAGCGAAUAUCCAAGAUGCCCUUCAGAGAUAACAGAGGGCCCCUGGAGGACCUGUACGCCCUGCAUAUCCCCAACUGCGACAAGAGGGGGCAGUAUAACCUCAAACAGUGCAAGAUGUCUCUCCAUGGGCAGAGGGGCGAGUGCUGGUGCGUGAACCCUCACACCGGCCGGCCCAUCCCGUCAGCCCCCACCGUGAGGGGGGACCCCAACUGCAGCCAGUAUCUCAGAGAGUUGGAGCUGGAGCUGCCCGACAUGGCCCAAAUAUAGAGAGGAAUGAAGCUAAAACUUAAAAAAAAGAACAAGAAAGAAACUACAGUAACUGUAAAGUACUUGGGAACAAAGAGCAUCUGAGUAAGCUAUAUAUUAUCUCUGUGAGUCUGUGCCUGUAGUUCAUUCGACGACGUUUGCAGUCUAAACCACCAAAAAGGGUUAGAUGAUAGAAUCCCACUAGCUGAAAACCUAGCACGUGUCUGCAGAUUAUGUUUAGAGAGGAGGCCAAAAGAUACAAUAGAUACUCAGUUAGACGUCAGCUGGAGCGUCACUGAUUUCGCUUUCCUAAGUUCGACUUCGCCCUGUGUUUUUUACAGUAUGUGUUGAUAAAUGAAAAGCCUUCAGUGUAUUGGACGUGUGUACGGUAGGUGUUGUUGUGUACUAGCUUUUAGACGGUGGUUGUGCGUCUUUGUGUACUGUCGGCUUCGACCGCACCUGACAAUAAUACACAGUGUUAAAAUAAAGGGUAGUAUGUGUGCUAGGGCGGAUGUGAUGUCCAGGCCUGCCUAGUGCUUCGUAGACAUUGCUAUUAAAAUGGUAGCGAAUUCA